GUCUCGAACCCAUCUCUAGUCUACCUACUUAUCUGGUACCGUCAAUAGGGUACAAAACAUCUCCAACUAACAAUACCUAUAGUAUCAGUGUGAGUCAUUCAACGUCUACUAUCCUGUAAAGGGCACAGUAGAAGUCCUUUAAUGUAAUCUUUCUUCCACAAGGGGUAAUCCAAACAAACGUGUUGCAUAAGAGUUGCGAGAGAGAUCCAAUCAGAUCCGCUAGCCAAGUGUCUUGGACCUCAAAUCUUGGGCCACUGACAUGGUACUGUAUGGGUGUACUGCAUAAGUAGAAUGUAGGUGUGAUGUCGUAUCUAGCGGCAGACGGGCUUCGGACAACUUGGAGGAACCGAUCUCAAUAGUAUCUGAGAAGGCGGUCAGACAGCUUUGGAUGCCAGUAAGGCUUGACGAUGAAGGGUCAUACACCGUUGCUGCGGUUCAGAGUUAUGGUUAAGUGUUAUGUUACGAUAGCCUUGAUCGGUAUCAUAAAUCCUAUCUCCAUGCAAAUCAAUAUAUAAAUCCAUAUGCCUCCGCAGCUCCUUGGUUCCAGAUUCCUUCUUCAUAACACACCUCAACAUCAAGUUACAUUCCUAACUGUUUCAAUUUAUAUCCAACUUCCUUCGUAACAGACCUCAGUUUCCGCCCAUUAAAUACUCAUAAUGGCUGAACAACAAGGACCCCUCAAGACUUACCGUGGCAACUGCCACUGCGCUGCAUUUGUCUACGAGAUCUCUGUGCCCGAGAUCAAGCGGGCAUUCACGUGCAAUUGUAGCAUCUGCUACAAGAAGGGCAGCAUCUGGGUCCUUCCUAAGCGCAGCGAUGUUAAGUUCGUGAAAGGCGAUCCGUCAACAUUGACCGACUACUUCUUCAAUAAGAAGCAAUACGCCCACAACUUCUGUCCUACAUGCGGAGUCUCGCUCAUGUUCGUUGGACACUUGAAACCGCUCGAAGCCGGCGAGGAUAGGCUCCCAGAUUACGGAUUCAAUCUGCGCACGUUCCAGCAUGGUCAAGUCGAUGUGUACGACCUUGAGACCGACACCUACGAUGGAAAAGCGAUCCCUCCAGCUUACGAGCCCCCCAAGUUCACUGGACCCCUGCCCACAGGAUUCGACGACCUUCAGCUGUACACUGGGAGCUGCCAUUGCGGCGCCGUCACCCUUGCAAUGAAAUCGCAGCCUCUCGACAAAGACACCAAGGGACUGGUUGAAUGCAACUGCAGUAUCUGUUCUAGGUACGGCACGCCAUGGACUUAUCCACGCCGCGAACAAGUCGCAAUUGAGGGAAAAGAGAACCUUACGCAGUAUAUUUUCAAUAAGAACAUCGCAAUCAAGAAUUUCUGCAAGAUCUGUGGCGUGGUUGUUAGCUCGAAUGUCGCGGACCUGACUGACGAGGAGGCUGAUAAGCUUGACCCAUUCACUAGAGGAUUCUACGAUCAAGCCAAACCCAAUGUUGCUAUCAGCCUGCGGUUCAUCGAUGGCCUAGACGUUCAAGACUUGAAACCGGACCGAAUGGAUGGCUACUCAAUGAUCCAGCCGGGGUAUGUUGAGCCAUGAAGAGGGGUCUGGGCGAUAAGAUGGUAGGGUGCAGGUUUAGAUUCCUAAUCUAGGACGAUCAUCUCUCUCCGCUUAGUUACCAAUAUCUAUCAAAUAUGACUAACUGAUGAGAAUCAUU